AUGUCAACAGAAGGAAGUGGAGAAACUCCUUCGACUGUACCAAGUCUGCCAGGAGCGCCAGAGCAAACAUAUCUCUUCCCGAAAGUGAAAGGACAUUCAAGAUCUAUCAGUCAUGGAGGGGUGCCAAUGUUGGCAGGAAACCCGACGAGCGCACGGCCAGCUCUCAAAUCGGCCAUGCGAGGUCAUCAACGUGCGCUGUCCCAUGGCCAGAUCGGCGAAGGGCCGCGAGCCGCGACCGCCUCCGGCCACAGUAGGACCGGCAGUCGCACAGACUUCAUUCUACCACCAGGACACAGGGAGCCCGCGCCAGCCAGCACCCAGCCCCGUCUGUCUUCAGUUCGAGGUCACCACUCCCGUCAAGCAUCACGCUCCGACUCCAUUUACACCUUACGUCGAGCCUCUGUGGUAGCACCCUGGCGUCGCGCCGUCUUCUGGCUCAUGCGCCGCCAGCAACCUGCCGUCGAUAAUAGACACUUAAUAGUGAUCCCAAAUCACCUAGUUCCCGACAAAACACCCCCUAAAGACCAUCCCAAUGGACAAAGAUGCAAUAACAAAAUCAGGACUACUAAAUACACCCUACUCUCAUUUAUACCAAAAAAUCUCUUUGAACAAUUCCAUAGGAUUGCAAAUGUUUACUUUAUUUUUAUAGUGUUGUUAAACUGGGUGCCAGCUAUCAAUGCUUUUGGCAAGGAAGUGGCAAUGCUACCAGUGUUAUUUGUGCUUGGUGUUACCGCUAUCAAGGACCUCUUUGAGGAUCGCCGGAGACACCUCUCAGACAAGAGAAUUAAUAAUUCUUUUUGCAGAGUCUACAAAAAGUCAAUGGAAAGGUACGUGCGAGUGAAAUGGCGAGACGUACGCGUUGGUGAUCUAGUCCACCUCUCGAACAACGAAGCUGUACCAGCUGACAUGGUGCUGCUGCACUCCUCGAACCCACUGGGAAUCUGUUACUUGGACACUUGCAACCUCGACGGCGAGACGAACUUGAAACAACGAAUCGUCGCACCGGGAUUUCGAGACAAACAACUAGAAUUUAAUCCAAUGAAGUUCAAAAGUUCUGUUGAAGUAGAACGACCCUCUACUAAAAUAUACAGAUUUACUGGAACGAUUGCGCAUCCUAAUGGCGGUCGCGUGCCUCUUAAUUCAGAGAAUCUUCUUUUACGAGAAUGCACGAUUAAGAAUACAGACUACGUCGAAGGAAUCGUCGUUUACGCAGGACAUGAAACCAAAGCUAUGCUCAACAACGGAGGACCGAGAUAUAAAUGUUCGAAACUAGAACGAAAAAUGAACACAGACGUCAUAUGGUGUGUGCUCGUCCUACUUUUCCUUUGUUGCGCUGGAGCGGUCGGAUGCAAAGUGUGGUUAGAUCAGUACAGUCCAUUUCUAAUUAAAUACACGCCCUUCAUACCCUACGCAGAAAAACCGGCAUACGAAGGUUUGCUUAUUUUUUGGACUUACAUUAUAGUGCUGCAAGUCAUGAUACCAGUUUCCCUCUACGUGACCAUUGAAAUGACGAAACUUUUACAAGUGUACCACAUCCAUCAGGAUAUUGAGAUGUACGACGCAGAAACGAACACACGAACGGAAUGUCGCGCGUUAAAUAUAACAGAAGAGUUAGGGCAGAUCAGCUACCUGUUCAGUGAUAAAACGGGGACCUUGACAGAAAAUAAGAUGGUGUUCAGGCGAUGCACGGUAGGGGGAGUUGACUAUGAUCACCCGCCCGGGCCUGACGCGGAGCCCUCGUCCUCUUUACCUCCUAUCGUUACUCCAAUAACAAAAGUAUCGCCGAACAGAAGAAUGCUUCAACAUUUACUAGAUAGCAACGAUGCUCAGCAUACCCAAAAGGUCCGGGAAUUUCUCUUAAUCCUCGCGGUGUGCAACACAGUAGUAGUCAGCCAGCCGCACGUGGACGCUAUGCAACUCUCCAGUUCUAGCAGUGACCAGUUCCGCUCGCAGAAGGCUGCAAGGUCGAACGGCACUUUACGAUCCAACGAUAAGUACGCUAGAUUAACUGAAUCUCGGUCCACCACGCCGUCACCUCCGCCGUCCACCACUUCGCCCCUACGCCUGCGCUUGCCAAAACUACCGUUCGGCAGUCGGGAAGAAAGCGUCAGUGAACCAAGCACUUCGGCUGAAAUACAGAUAGCACGUUUCGAAGCUGAAAGUCCAGAUGAGUUGGCCUUAGCUGAAGCGGCGUUAGCUUAUGGUUACGAGCUGCGGGGUCGGUCGCCCGAUGACGUGGAACUGGGCAUACGCGGGGAACUUACACACCUUAAAGUACUACGAGUGCAGCAAUUCGAUUCUAAUAGGAAAUGCAUGUCCGUUGCUCUAAGAACACCCACGGGGCAGGUCGUCUUAUACGUGAAGGGUGCAGAUAAUACCGUGUUAGGAGCUUUAGCACCAAUGCGAGCUGGAUCCGCAGAAGCGGCUGCUUAUGAAAGAACUAGAUCGCUCUUGUCAGAAUACUCACGUGCGGGUCUACGUACGUUAGUCAUGGCUAAACGUACCAUGCAACCCGCACUUUGGGAAGAGUGGUUGGCUGGACAUGCAAGAGCUUGUGAAAUUGGAGAAGGUAGAGAAAAACGUAUUCGAGAUUCGUUAGCGCGAUUAGAAAGCGCUCUGACCCUUGUCGGAGCUACUGGUGUAGAAGAUCGCCUGCAAGAAGAUGUGCCGCGGACUGUGCGGGCGUUACUCGACGCGGGCAUUGUCGUGUGGGUGCUGACCGGCGACAAACCUGAAACUGCCAUAAAUAUUGCCUACUCUGCAGCCCUGUUUUCGCAGAGUGAUCGUCUUCUCCAUUUGAUGUCACGGGAUAAAGAGCACGCGGAGUCCACGAUCCAGGGCUACCUGCAGGGCGCGGCGGCGGGCGGCGGCGCGCUGGUGGUGGACGGGCGCACGCUCACGUACAUCCUGGACCGGCGCUCCGGCCUCGUGGCGCCCUUCCUGUCGCUGGCGCGCCGCUGCUCCGCCGUGCUGUGCUGCCGCGCCACGCCGCUGCAGAAGGCUUACAUCGUCAAGGCAGUAAAGGAAGAAUUAGGAGUCACGACUUUGGCUAUAGGCGACGGAGCAAACGAUGUAUCGAUGAUUCAAACGGCCGAUGUUGGAGUCGGGCUAUCGGGACAGGAAGGUCGUCAAGCAGUAAUGGCGUCAGACUUCGCGCUUUCUCGCUUUAAGUUCAUCGAAAGGCUCCUGUUGGUGCACGGACAUUGGUGUUACGAUCGCCUCGCUCGGAUGAUUUUGUACUUUUUCCUUAAAAAUGCCACGUUCGUGUUCAUAGUGUUCUGGUACCAGCUGUACUGCGGGUUCUCGUCGUCGGUGAUGAUCGACCAGCUGCACCUCAUGGCUUACAACCUCGCCUUCACCGCCUUCCCGCCUAUUGUCAUCGGCGCGUACGACCGCGCGGCGCCCGCGGCGCUGCUGCUGGAGCGGCCGGGCCUGUACGGCGCCAGCCGCCGCGGCCGCGCCUACCGCGCGCACUCCUACUGGCUGGUGCUGGCCGAGUCCGUCUACGUCUCCGUCGUGGUCUUCUUCACCGCGGCCGCCGCCUACUGGGACUCGGACGUCGACCUGUGGCUCUUCGGCCUCGCCAACAUGACCUGCUGCCUCGUCAUCAUGCUGCUCUACGUCGCCAUCGAGACUAGGAGCUGGACGGUGAUCCACCUGCUGGCGCUGACGGGGUCGCUGGGCUCGUUCUUCGCGUUGACUCUGGUGUACCAGACGGUGUGCGUGACGUGCUUCAAGCUGCCGUCCACGUACUACGUGAUGCACCACGCCUUCGUCGAUCCCGUCUACUGGCUCGUGGUCGUUUUGACCGCUGUCACUGCGCUCGCGCCGAGGCUGGCGUGGCACGCGGCGCGCAACUCCGCGCGGCCGGGCGCGCUGCGCCGCGCCGUGCUGGCGCGGCGCCGCCGCGCGCGCCCCUACGCCGCGCACUACCACACGCCCUCCGCCUCCGCGCACGUCUACAGGCCGACGGACGAGGACGGCUUGCAGAAGGCGCCGGACGUGGCGGCGGUCACGUGA